AGCGCAUUGUGUUCAUUUCUCUCUCUCUCUCUCUCUCUCUCUCUCUCUCUCUCUCUCUCUCUCGCAUACAAACACAAGACAGCAACUUGUACAGUUUUCGAUCAGGAGUAACGGAGUACCGGAGCGCGGAUCUGGAGAACGCUGAUUUGUUGAUCUUCUCUCUGAGCCACACUGCAGGAGCAGCGGCGGCUGUUUCACACCUUCAGUAUCUGAGAUUUGAGCGCAGCCCAUCAGGCUGAAUCUCCAGGAGCUCAUCUCCACCACACACCCGAGCUCUGCUGAUCGGCUGAGCAGGUGAAGAGGAGCAGGGAGGAUGACUGAGUAUAAGCUGGUGGUUGUGGGAGCUGGAGGCGUCGGCAAGAGCGCUCUUACCAUCCAACUUAUCCAGAACCACUUUGUGGAUGAAUAUGAUCCUACCAUAGAGGAUUCGUACCGGAAACAGGUGGUGAUUGACGGUGAGACAUGUCUGUUGGACAUACUGGACACAGCAGGUCAGGAGGAGUACAGUGCCAUGAGGGACCAGUACAUGAGGACAGGAGAGGGCUUCCUCUGUGUCUUUGCUAUUAAUAACACCAAGUCAUUUGAGGAUAUUCAUCAGUACAGGGAACAAAUUAAACGGGUGAAGGACUCAGAUGACGUGCCAAUGGUGCUUGUGGGUAAUAAAUGUGACCUUCCAGCUCGCACAGUGGACACUCGGCAAGCACAUGAGCUCGCUCGCAGCUACGGCAUCCCCUACAUUGAAACCUCAGCCAAGACUAGACAAGGAGUGGAAGACGCCUUUUACACACUAGUACGGGAGAUCCGACAGCACAAGCUGAGGAAACUCAAUCCUCCAGACGAAAGUGGACAGGACUGCAUGAGCUGCCGCUGCGUGGUGUCAUGAUUUGUGCUGACUCUCCAAGUUAUUAAAUGGACUAAUGGCUCUAUGAGGCUGAAUAAACUACAGACUGUAAUUACAACUGGAAAUCAAAAUAAAAGCCAAGUAAAGCAUUGACUGCAAAAUGGACAUUUGAGGAAAUAUGUUGCCUUUUUGUGACUGUGGUGACCCCUCUGGCUGUCUACAUCUGCCUAAAAACCCAACUAAUGACUUGUAUUGUUUUUCCUAUUCAUUAACUUCGAAGUGCUAAUACUGGGCAGCUCCUUGGAUUUCAUCUAAUUUAUUAUAUGUCUGAACACUGGCUUUUACCUGAAAGUCAGGCCUCUUGUGAGUUAGGCAUGAAAACAACUGCUCUUCUCAUAUGGACUGGACACUAAUCACCUCAUCACAGACAUUGUGUUCUCCUUCAUUGCUGUCCAAAGGAAGCAUGUGAGUCUAUAAAUGAGGAAUCUGCCAACUGCAGAGAGAACACUCCAGCAUCUUGUACAGGAUUUACUCCUCUCUUGACAGUUAGCCAUAUUUGUUCUGCUUUAACAUGCUAUUGUUUUUAACAUGUAAUUAUUGUAAAAAAAAAAAAAAAAAAACAACGGGAAAAAAAGGGGUAUUUGUGGUGAUAACCAUGGGGACUGUAAUCUGCUGCGGCACUAGAUACUGUAUGUGAUGUUUUUUGUGUAUGUGAUUUAAAAAGAAAAAACUGUUAAUGGAAAUGCUGAACAGACUGACCACUUACUGGAUUCCAAUAAAAGAAUUUCAAGGACCCACAUGUUUGGUUAACAAGCUCACAGAUGCUUGGACUGUGAUCUAAUAAAAAAUAGUUGCUUUUAUUCCCUGAGACUCCAGAAUUAUAUUAUAUAUGAUGGGGUUUUUAUGUGACUUCAGGUACCUUAUACAAUGUCAGUGUAUGACAAAAAGGAAAAUCUUAAUGCAAAUUAGUUUAUUUUUAUUAAAAUGAAAAAACCUGGUAAAUGAUACAUUGGGAAAAGUCAUAUGAUAAUAAUGAUACAAUGUACUGAAUUGCUGUGGCUUGGCCAGAGAUUUGUACACAUGAAUCAUAAACAAGCUCAGAUACAUCAAAUGAAUUCACACACCCAACUGUAGGCAUGAAAGAAAUGGCAUGGCAUUCCAAACUGCAUAGCACUGUAGCAAAUAGUUGGUCUGAAAACAAAUGGUAUCAUUUAUAUUACAGCAAAUUAAACUAUGGGCAGAUUAUAUAGUUUUAAAAAACAACCCAUUUAUUUUGUAACAGAAAAUGGUGAAAUUACACAAUCUUACAUGGUCUACUUUUAAUACUGCUCCCAUUUUAGGCAUUGUGCUUUAAUGAUAAAAUCUUGUUUAACAAAUGUAAUUUCUAUUGUUUUGUGUAUUUUUGGUCUGUGUGAAAACAGAAAUAUUGCUGUGAAUCUGUAGUGGUCCUAUAUGAUGAAAUGAUUUGGUUUACUUUAAAUUCUAAGCAAAAAUGUUGACAGUAUUUAGAUAAUAAAUUUGCAGCUUGGUCAACAAUUAGAGUUUAUAAGCAGUGAUAACGCACAUACAUAGGUUGGCACAAUGAUGCAUAAAGAUAUAAGGAUGCCUAAUAGAUAAUGAGUAAUGUAACUACUUAAUAAAUAAAGUUACUUCUUUACUGCUGUUUGUAUAGUAACAAAAAAAUAAUAUAAAUCAGAGAUGCCCAAACGUAGGCCAAAUUUGGCCCAUGGUGACCUUUGAUUUGGGGAAAAAAGGAAAAAAAAGGGGGAAAUGGCAUUUAGGAAAACAUUUAAACAGUAGGUUCAGCUUCAUGUUUCUUAUAGAGGUCACUGAAUAACUGUAUUAAGUGCAAUAAAUUGGAUUGUUUCUCAUUGUACUAUACGUUUCACUGAACCUUCAUAAUAAAACUGUAUUAGUUAAGUAGA